AAAUCGAGAAGCCAUUCCCGCCUCCUGGAAAUUCAACAUGGCGGCUGUGGAAGAGGCACUCAAAGCUGUUUGCGAAAAAUUCAGAUUUAAAGAGCUAAAUGCUUAUCAAAAGGUUGCAAUCGAAAAAUUUAUGCAGGGUAGAGAUAUUUUUGUGAAUUUGCCAACGGGCUAUGGCAAAUCGCUGAUAUUCCAAGCUCUGCCAACGAUGUUCGACAUGGUAAUGGCUGGUCAGGGGAGUAUUGUUGUUGUUGUCUGCCCGCUUCUUAAUCUAAGCAAGGAUCAAGUUGCCUAUUUGAAUAGCCUGGGUAUUUCUGCAAUAAACAUAAGUCAUGUCGAAAAAGAAGGAGAUCGCAGAGACGUAGAAGCCGGAAAAUAUUCGCUUGUGUAUGGGACACCUGAAUCCUGGCUCGAUAACGAUCGUUGGAGAUCAAUGUUGACUAAUAAAGUAUACUCCGAAAAGCUGUGUGCUAUCGCAGUGGAUGAAGCCCAUGUGAUAAGGCAAUGGGGUACAUCAAGCACUAAUGACCAUGCUGUGUUCCGUGAGUGCUACGCAAGACUACAUGAAUUCCGAAGCCUUGCCCCAAAAGAGCAAAUUGUGGCUUUAACAGCAACAGCAACUAAUAAAACAAGAGACACAAUAUUUGACAUUCUAUUAAUGAAAGAACCUUACGUUAUUUUUGACAGUCCAAAUAAGCCCAACCUUACCUACUCCAUUCAUUACAUGGAAAAGGAAGUGGACAUUGUAUAUUAUUUAGGUUGGCUGGCAGAUGACUUGAGAACCAACAAGGAAGAAUGUGCUAGAACUAUUGUCUACUGUCAAACUAUUAAACAGUGUGGUGUUAUUUAUGCUACAAUCAGAGGUCUGCUUGGUAAAGACAUGUUUACACCUAAUGAUGAGGCUAUGUUGGAAAUGCUCCACUCUUGCACACCUGUGGCUAACAAAAAUACAAUUAUGGAGUCUUUUUCAACUGAAGCUGGCAAGAUACGUGUUUUGGUCGCAACAAUAGCCUUUGGAAUGGGCGUAAAUUGCAAAGCUGUGAGUAGAGUUGUGCAUUUUGGCCCUGCGAAGAAUAUAGAAUCUUAUGCUCAAGAAACUGGUCGAGCUGGGAGGGAUGGAAGUCCAGCUCAAGCAAUUCUCCUGUACAAUGGUCUACUAUUGGCACAUGUUGAAGGUAACAUGACGAUGUAUGCGACAAGUUCAGAAUGUAGACGAAAGGGUCUUAUGAAACAUUUUGAAGCUGAAUUUACCCACAUUUCUCAUUUGCAUUUAUGUUGUGACAUCUGCGCAAUGGUCUGCAAGUGUAGCUUACCAAGUUGUGGAAAAAGUACUGAAAUCCCAUCAUAUAAAACUAAUGCCAACACUGCAAGAAAGACUAGACAGGUGUCUCAUGAGCAAAAGGCAAGUGUUUGUCAAGAACUGAACAUAUACCACAAAGAAUUAGUAAGGAACCUUUUGAAAACAACAUCAAUGUGCCAGAUCAAUAUUUUCACUGAUAUAUCAUUUGUGCUAGGAUUCUCCGAGCUCCAAAUUCAACAAGUGUUGAAUAACAUUGAGUCUUUGUUUACAGUACAAGACAUUUAUGAAUAUAUUGAGAUUUGGGAUCUGAGGCAUGCUAAUAAGAUAUUGCAAGUAUUAGCAGACACAUUCAAUGACACUGAUGAGAAUAAUUUGGACAAAGCUGACAUAGAUGACCUCAUGGAUGACUUGUGGGUGGAGGAGUGUAUGUCACUUUUAGAUGAUGAUGAGCUGUUAGCAAAGGUUACAGAUGUUUUCUUACAGGAUAUUUCCAUGUUACAAAAUAUGUCUUUGCUCAAAGAAAACCUCAGUAAUCUUGAGAUAAGUGACACUUCUUUUGCUGCUGUUCCUGAUGUGGUGCAGAAUGUGCUGGGCAACAUGGACAUGAAUUAAAAGUAAAGAUAUCACAAUUUUCUUUGUGGUAUAUGUCAAUUUAUUUGUAUCAAGUAAGACUAAAACAGAUUCUAGAGUGAACAUACUUUAUCCGUGAAAUAUAAACAUUACUAUUAAAUACUACUAAGUUAUGCUAAUUCCCUUGUUCUCUUUUGUGUAAUCAACACCACUUAGUAGUUUUACUAGUAUUUGUUUCACAAAUUAAGCAUGUUCACUCUAUUAUGAGUUCAUUGGUACAAGUGAUAUUGGAAAUGUUUGGAAUUAGUAUCCUAAUAGGAUCAUGCUUCAUAAAACUUUUAAUCCAAUUAAAAAGGUAUAUAAUUUUCUAUGGUUGAAAAACAUAACAUAAUGAAAUUGAACAAUACAACAUUUGUAGUGCAAUAAUUAUUAAUGAUCACUAAACAUGUUUUUCAAUGCAUCCAUUUUUUUCACAUUAUAGAAACUUAAUGUUCAUAAGAAGCCUCCUCUGUAGUUUUCUUUCUGACUAUGAGAUGAGAAAGGUAUGGUAAGAYAAAACACCUAUUGCUUAUCAAUGUAUUAGUGACUGUAUGCCUGUGGAAAUACAGUAGCACAGGGAUACCAACAAAGGAAAAGAGAGAUUUUAAUCUGCCUGCUUAGGAGGCUAGUUCAUACCUUAUAACAGUAUCAUCGUUGUUAUUAUAACUAUAAUUAUGUUCUACAGAGUGCUGUUAAUAUAGUGCUUUUUAUAAUCAA